GCCGAGGCCGGGGCCAUGUCGACGCUGGCCCCCCUGCGCCUGCUGCGCGAGCCCUGGAACGCCACUGAGGGCAACCAGAGCAACACCACAGCCGGGGCCGGCGGCGCCUGGUGCCAGGGGCUGGACAUCCCCAAUGAGCUGUUCCUGACGCUGGGGCUGGUGAGCCUGGUGGAGAACCUGCUGGUGGUUGCUGCCAUCCUCAAGAACAGGAAUCUGCACUCGCCCAUGUACUACUUCAUCUGCUGCCUGGCCGUCUCCGACAUGCUGGUGAGCGUCAGCAACCUGGCCGAGACGCUCUUCAUGCUGCUGAUGGAGCACGGCGUGCUGGUGAUCCGCGCCAGCAUCGUCCGCCACAUGGACAACGUCAUCGACAUGCUCAUCUGCAGCUCCGUCGUGUCCUCCCUCUCCUUCCUGGGGGUCAUCGCCGUGGACCGCUACAUCACCAUCUUCUACGCGCUGCGCUACCACAGCAUCAUGACGCUGCAGCGCGCCGUGGUCACCAUGGCCAGCGUCUGGCUGGCCAGCACCGUCUCCAGCACCGUCUUCAUCACCUACUACCGCAACAACGCCAUCCUGCUCUGCCUCAUCGGCUUCUUCCUCUUCAUGCUGGUCCUCAUGCUGGUGCUCUACAUCCACAUGUUCGCGCUGGCUCGCCAUCACGUGCGCAGCAUCUCCAGCCAGCAGAAGCAGCCCACCAUCUACCGCACCAGCAGCCUGAAGGGAGCCGUCACGCUCACCAUCCUGCUGGGAGUCUUCUUCAUCUGCUGGGGGCCCUUCUUCUUCCACCUCAUCCUCAUCGUCACCUGCCCCACCAACCCCUUCUGCACCUGCUUCUUCAGCUAUUUCAACCUCUUCCUCAUCCUCAUCAUCUGCAACUCAGUGGUCGAUCCCCUGAUCUAUGCCUUCCGGAGCCAGGAGCUCCGGCGGACGCUGCGGGAGGUGGUGCUGUGCUCCUGGUACGCGGUACCGCCGGGUCGGCCCGGGCCGCUCCCGAGGCCUCACGGUGCAGCGGGGUCGAACCCGGCAGGAGAGAAUCGGGCCGGGCCGGGCCGGGCCGGGCGGGGCGGCGGCGGCGCCGGUGCCGCAGGGGCAGUUGCAGCGCUGCGGCGGCGUUCGCUGAUUGGCGGCGGAGCUCCGGUGAUGUCAGCGCCCGGCCCGGUGCGGCGCGGGGCGGCUAUAAAGGCGGCGGCGGCGGCGGAUCCGCCCCCCGCGCUCCCGGUGCCGCUUCUCUCCCGGUGCCGCUCCGUUCCCGACCCGCUUCGGUCCGGCCGCACCAUGAGGGAGAUCGUGCACAUCCAGGCCGGGCAGUGCGGCAACCAGAUCGGGGCCAAGUUCUGGGAGGUGAUCAGCGAUGAGCACGGCAUCGACCCCACCGGCAGCUACCACGGGGACAGCGACCUGCAGCUCGAGAGGAUCAACGUGUACUACAAUGAGGCCUCUUCUCACAAGUACGUGCCUCGCGCCAUCCUGGUGGAUCUGGAGCCGGGCACGAUGGACAGCGUGCGCUCGGGAGCCUUCGGGCACCUCUUCCGCCCCGACAACUUCAUUUUCGGUCAGAGCGGGGCCGGCAACAACUGGGCCAAGGGGCACUACACGGAAGGCGCUGAGCUGGUGGACUCUGUGCUGGACGUGGUGAGGAAGGAGUCAGAAAGCUGCGACUGCCUGCAGGGCUUCCAGCUGACCCACUCGCUGGGUGGCGGCACCGGCUCUGGGAUGGGCACCCUGCUCAUCAGCAAGAUCCGGGAGGAGUACCCCGACCGCAUCAUGAACACGUUCAGCGUCGUGCCCUCCCCGAAGGUAUCAGACACGGUGGUGGAGCCCUACAACGCCACGCUGUCGGUGCACCAGCUGGUGGAGAACACAGAUGAGACCUACUGCAUCGACAACGAGGCCCUGUACGACAUCUGCUUCCGCACCCUGAAGCUCACCACUCCCACGUACGGGGACCUCAACCACCUGGUGUCGGCCACCAUGAGCGGCGUGACCACCUGCCUUCGCUUCCCCGGCCAGCUGAACGCCGACCUGCGCAAGCUGGCGGUCAAUAUGGUGCCCUUCCCCCGGCUGCACUUCUUCAUGCCCGGCUUCGCCCCGCUGACAAGCCGUGGCAGCCAGCAGUACCGAGCCCUGACGGUGCCCGAGCUCACCCAGCAGAUGUUCGAUGCCAAGAACAUGAUGGCUGCCUGCGACCCGCGCCACGGCCGCUACCUCACUGUGGCUACCGUCUUCCGUGGCCGUAUGUCCAUGAAGGAGGUGGACGAGCAGAUGUUGAACAUCCAGAACAAGAACAGCAGCUACUUUGUGGAGUGGAUCCCCAACAACGUCAAAGUGGCCGUGUGUGACAUCCCGCCACGUGGCCUCAAGAUGUCCGCCACCUUCAUCGGGAACAGCACGGCCAUCCAGGAGCUGUUCAAACGCAUCUCAGAGCAGUUCACGGCCAUGUUCCGCCGCAAGGCCUUCCUGCAUUGGUACACGGGGGAGGGGAUGGACGAGAUGGAGUUCACCGAGGCCGAGAGCAACAUGAACGACCUGGUGUCGGAGUACCAGCAGUACCAGGACGCCACGGCCGAGGAGGAGGGCGAGAUGUACGAGGACGACGAGGAGGAGUCGGAGGCGCAGGGCGCCAAGUGAUGGCCCCACACUCGCUGCUUCGGGGGAGGCCCCGGCCUCGCCCCUCAGUGUCUGCUCCCCUCAGCCCCAUGUUAGCUUGACCCCCCUCCCCCCCUCCCCUGUGCCCCCUCCCCAUGGGCUCCCCCUUCCUCUUUUUUUGUUUUUUACUGUUUGUGUCUCAUAUUUUUUUUGAAUACUCAAUAAAUUUAUGGCUGUCCGGUUA